AUGGGUACGCGAUCUGGAAGUGGAAACGGCCGUCGCUCAGUCGGGCAAGCGGCACCCCGUUCUUCCACUUCCAGGAUUUGGGAAAAUCCACCGCCGGCGCGAGCGACCACUAGGUCUGCAGGUCCGAUCAGGAGCCGAAUCCCCAGGCACGCAGGUCUCUCCUCCUCGUCAGCCGGAAAUCUAUGGGGCGAUGCUGAGAUUUCAUCGAACACGUUGGGCAAUGGCCAGGUGCCGGGCCGCCGGCCGAGGACGGCACCUGCUGUGCAAACAAUGUUCGACGGUGGACAAACCGGGAAGCGAUCUCGAUUCCCGGGGUAUAAUCGUGAUCGCCUUCCAGAGCUUUCUCGUUCGACGAGCCCUCCACCGCACAGAAGUACCUCGAACACCUCGGCUAUCUUUGGGCACGAUAGCAAUCACAAUCAUGCGGGUUAUAGCCACGUCAGGAGGCGGUCGGACUUGGUGCCUGUACGUGCGCUCCUGAUCCUACCGGACUCGAGCGUUGGUCACGAGGUGUCCACCGUGGACAUGUCGGCCUUCGACAGCGUGAGCUUCCUCCGCGCCGCGAUCCAGGCCGACGUUGCUCGCGACACACACUGGGCAGAAGAGACCAGCGCCAACAGCGCCGCCGGGCAUAGGCAUGGGAAUGGACGACGUGGCAGAGGCGACCUGUGUCCGCCGUUCACCUUCUGCUACGCCGACGGCGUCGCCAUUGACCCCGGUCAAGAAGAGAGACUCUCCGUAAAAGACAUUGCUGUUGAUCCCGCCUUACAGGCUACGGGUGCGGCGGCGGCGGUUGGCCGUAGCGACUCUGAUCAGCUCUCGGACCAGGGUGGUGGCAGUGGCGAGAUGCGCGUGUUUCUGCGGGCGUGUGAACCCCUAACGGAGCAGGGUGCGAGUCAUGGUGGCGGCGGCGUGCUACAUCGUUGGGAGAGUCUGCAGGGGGGGGCUUGGAAUACCGAGGCGUACCUUCGUGGUUCUUCAUCCGGCAGCCCCGACUCUGCUUUUUCGAAACAUGGCGGGGCGGACGGCAGCCUGUCAUCCUCGACCUUCCAGAACCCCGCGUCCUCGUCAUCGUUUGACCCCAACGCUGGAUAUGGAGCACAGCGUGGGGGAAACGGCAGCGGUUCAUCCCGUCUUCCGGGCGGAGUUGUGCUUGGUGCCGGUGCCGGUAGCGUGAGCUCGUCCUCACUCACGACCGGAGGGGUACAACCACACCAUUCGAGGAGGAUCUCCGUCAGCUUCGACGAGGCUAAGGACGCGCGGCGUCGCACGAUCCAAGAACAGGUUAUGCUCCUGGCAGCAUCGAAAGUCACUCUCAUCACCAAGGUUUUCAGGGGAUACCGGGCCAGAAUUCUCUUUCGGGAGCGGCUUGAGUUGCACCAAAGAGCCUGUAAGAUCCAGCAAUGUGCUCGCCGGAAGGCCGCCAAGAAUGAGCUCGGCCGCCGUGCUUACCGUCGGGACAAGGCGGUUAAAAUACAGUCGAUGGCGCGGUCACGCAAAUCCAGACGAGAAGCUUCCCGUCGCCGUGACCAACGCGUUGCCGCUACGCGCAUCCAAACGUCUGCAAGGUCCACGGCGGCGAAAAAGGAGGCAAAAGAACGUCAGGAUCAGCGCAGGAAUGAGGCUAAGGCGGAAUUGGCUCGCAAGGAGAAGGAGGAGGAAGAGCGAGAACUAGCGGCCCGAGAAGAAAACGCUCGCGAAGAGGCCAGGUUGGCUCAGAGACGGGAAGAGGACGAGGCGAUUGUCAGAAUUCAAAGCCUCGCUCGCGCGAGAGGUGCCAAGAAGGAGGCCAUUGUAAGACGGGACCUCAGGCAGGCGGCUCUUUUACAACAGAAAGCAGAACAGGACCAAGCGGCCUUGCAGCUUCAACAUCUAGCUCGCGGCCGAGCUGCGAGAAUCGAAGCGAACAAACGGCGCAAGAGGAAGGAGGCGGCGGCACAAGUUCGCGAACUGAAGAAACGUAGAUACGAUGCCUCGGCCAAGAUAGCAGCGUUAGCCCGGGGAAGAAAAGCCAGGCACAGCACGCUCGAGUUGCGAAACAAGAAGAGCGCCGCGAUUUUGAUCCAGAGAACGGCGAGAGGACGGCGGGGUAGGAGCCGCGCUAAGAUCCUCGCUGAUCAGCACCGCCGCGAAGCCCACGCCGAAGAAAACGCCGCGACCAUGAUCCAGAAGGUGGCCAGGGGUAACUCCAGCCGGACUCUGCUUCACCGACUCGAAACGGAUACGAGUACUAGCGACCUUUACGGCAUCGAAAACAAUCCGAGAGACUCCGGGUACGCUGGUGGUGCUUCAGACAACGACAAAGGGUCGAUUCCGCCGUACAAGCACCAACAGGGCGGCGACCUUUCGGUUCAAGCCGGGCAUGCGUCGUCGAAACAUGUUGAGUUUUUGACGGGCCUUUCCGCCCCGGACGAUGUGGCGGCCCGGUUAGCCCUCGAUGUCAAUGAGCAGAUCAAUAGCUUCGUUGUCGUUCAGGCGCAGAUCAGGCGACUCGAGGCUGGCGUGGCAAAGACACCGACUGGGCCUGAAGAAAAGAGCGACGAAGAAGAUGGAUCGAGUCGCGGCGUGGACAACCAUGGCGAUGAUGAUUCUCCCCCUGAAGGAUCAGACGAACAAGAACACCCGUCCGAAUUCGAUCCCACGCUUGACUCGUCGCACUCAGCGUCUGCUGAGCAGCAAUCGGCAGAAGGAGGAGGACAAGAGGAGGCAUGGAAAUCCGACUUCGAAUCCGACUUCAAGUCUGAUUUCUUGCUCCACGAUGAGCCGGUGGAUGCUCUGGUUGUUGCCAAGGGAACCAUGGCUCGGGUAGGCGAAGAGCGUGAUACCAAGGAGGAGGGGGUGGUAGAUCGCAGAGCGGAAGAAGGGCAAGAUGUCUUCAAAUCUGGUUUUUCGCUGGGGGGUGAGCCCGAGAGCGGUCUAGCUGCCCCCGCCGAAGAAAAUCAGCCAGCGCAAAACGAAGCACACGCUGAAGAACCUGAGGUUCCUGGGCAGGCAACGGAAGAAGUUUUCAAGUCUGACUUUGUCCUGGAUAAUGGGUCGGCGGGUACCUUGGCAGUUGAUGCUGCUGAUAUCAACAUGAUGGGCGACGAGUCGCACGAGGAAGAAGAAUGGAGAUCUGACUUCGCGCCGCUUGAAACGCCAGGCGAAGACAAUGAACUUCGCGGCGAGGGGCUGGAUGAGCUUGACAAGGUCUCCGACGUAAACGAGGAACCCUCGGUUUCUGGGACCGAGCAUCAACUCAAGAAGGCGGUCGUGUCGGCGGAAGCGGAGAAGAGUGGGGUUAAGACAGAACUUGCGUCAUCCGAUGGGGACUGCUCUGCGGUGGAAGAUGAUGACGACCGCAAAAUUUCGACGCCGCCGCAGAGUCCCGAGGCAGUCCAAGAAGCGGGAGUAGUGCAACAGGAGGGGCCUGGAGCUGAGACGGCGGAAGAGACAAGCGUGGCAGAAGAACCUAGUGUGCCACCCUUACCGACCAUGAUGAGCGAGAACGAGCCAUUGAUGCUCCAACACGAGCCGUCUACCGAACCUCAGCUUCCCGGAGCAGCACAAGAACAAGAGGGCGACAGGACUUAUUCUUCUGCCGCAUGCGACAACGCGGAGCCGGCACCAAUGGUCUCGGCGAAGGGCACGCUUGACGAGCAGCAACCCACCGGCGGUGUGUCCGGCGCGCGAGGGGUAGCACCGGCGACACCCGAGGACGAUCAUGUAUUGGUUCUCGCCGGCGAGAUAGUUGCACUCGCGGUGUCGGAAGCGAAAGAAGCGCUCCUCCUUGAAGCCAAAAAGGCGCGUCCCGAGUCUUCGCCACAUGACGAUACUCACCGUAGGAUCUCACUUUCUGGACAUUUCAUAGAUGUCAAUACUGGUAUUCUUGAGUGGACAGGACGAGACGGGACCAACGGGAAGGGCGAGACGUCCGAUAAAGCUGAAAUUUCCGGAGAAACCUCCAAAUCAUCCGACAUUGCUUCCGGUGACUCGGGAUUGGAUCGUUCUACUCCCCAAGGCGAAGAAAUGCCGGCAGCAGCUAUCGGUGGGCAUCACCCUACGCCCGGCGUCCAUUCUAGUCCUAAUCUUGACCUGCGCCUGCAAGACCUCCCGUCCAGUCGAGAAGACGUGGAACUGCGGCCAACUGGUGUUGGGAGUGAAAUGGCGACGAUGGCGGAAAACCUUGAGGGAGAAAGGGGACCAACGUCCAGAACGAUCGACAGCACAGAGCCCCCGAAACUGGAACAAGACGCGGGCGAUUCAGCCGAUGGUGCUCUUGCUGAUCUUGGGUUGGGUCGUCCUGGAUCGCUGGGAGAAGAGAUGGCUGAAACCGCUACCAAAGAGGGAGAUGCUCUACCGUCUCUUGUUUUGCCGGACGAGCAACAGGAUGGCGUCGACACGGGAGUAGAGAUAUCGAGUGGGGUCGAGGGUGGGUCGGCACCCACCGCUGUUGAAGAAGGGGAGCAGGCGGUAUCACCCCUCGCCGUGCCCGACGAGGAACGAGAUGUCCCCGCACCGGUGGAGCAAGAAGCGGUGGCUGCAGCGGAGGGUAGCACUGCUCCCGUCGGUUCUGAGGACGUAGACGCCGCGGCAUCGUCCCCUACGGCGUUGGAUGAGGAGCGGGAUACCCCGCCGUCCGUGGAGCAGGAAACGACGGCUGUAGUGGAGGAUAGUGCCACUCGCGGCGCUCUUGAGGAUUUAGACACCGCAGCAUCACCUGCCACACUCGAAGAAGAACGAGAUACCUCGCCGUCCAUGGAACAGGAAACGACGACUGUACUGGAGGACGGCGCUGCUCCUACCGGUGAUCAAGACGGGGACCAGGUGGUAUCGUCCCCUGGCGUGCCCGAUGAGGAACAGGAUGGUGCCGAUAUGGGAACGGACAUGGCGAAUGAGGCUGAGGGUAGUUCGGCACCCACCGGUGUUGAAGAAGGGGAUCAGGCGGUAUCGUCCCCCGCCGUGCCCGGCGAGGAACGAGAUGUACCUGCACCAGCGGAGCAAGAGUUGGUAGCUGUAGUGAAGGACAGCAUCACCCCCGUCGGUCCUGAGGAAGUAGAAGCCGCGGCACGAUCCGCUGUCAUUCCCGACGAGGAGCGGGAUGACCCCUUGUCCGAGCAGCAAGAACCGGUGACUACAGUGAAGGACAGCGCCGCUCCCGCCGGUUCAGAGCAUGUAAACGUCGUGGCAUCACCCCCUGCUGUACUCGAAGAGGAACGGGAUACCCCGCCGUCCGUGGCUCAACAACCGGUGUCCGUAGUGGAGCACAACGCCGCUCCCGCCAGUCUUGCAGAAGAGCACCAGGUGAUAUCAUCUCUUGGCAUGCCCGGUGAGGAACUGGAUGAGCCUGCACCGGCGGAGGAUACAUCGGUAACCGAGGCGGGAGAUAGCACCGCUCCGGUCGGUCUUGAAGAGGGAGAUGCUCUACCGUCUCUUGUCGUGCCUGACGAGCAACAGGGUGGCGUCAAACCGAGAACAGAGAUGUCGCAUGAGGCCGAGAGUAGUUCGGCACCUACUGGUGUUGAAGAAGGGGGGCAGGGACCGGCGGAGCAAGAAACGGUGGCUACCGUGGAGGACAACGGCCCUCCCGCCGGUCCUGAGCAAGUAGACGCCGCGGGAUCAUCCCCUACCGUAUUCGACGAGAAACAGGGUGCCCAACCUCCCGCGGUGUUGGAAACGACGGCUGUAGUGGCGGACGGCGCCGCUCCCGGCGGCGGUGAACAGGGGAACCAGUCGGAACCAUCCCUUGGCAUGCCCAGUGAGGAACUGAGUGAACCUGCACCGGCGGAGGAAGCACUGGAAGCGGAGGCGAGGGAUACCACCGCUCCCAUCGGUCUUGAAGAGGGGGACGUUGUACCGUCUGACGAGCAACGGCAUGGCGCCGAUACGGGAACAGAGGUCGUCCAUAAGGUCGAGGGUGGGUCGGCACCCACCGGCGUUGAAGACGGGGAUCAGGCGGCAUUAUCCCCUGCCGCGCCCGACGAGGAACAAGAUGUCCCCGCACUGAUGGAGCAAGAAGCGGUGGCUGCGGUGGAGGACAGCGCCGGUCCCGCCGGUCCUGAGGAAGUAGACGCCAUGACGUCAUCUCCGACCGUAUUCGCCGAGGAGAAGGAUACCCCGCCGUCCGUGGAGCAGGAAGCGGUGACUACAGUGGAGGACAUCGCCACUCCCACCGCUCUUGAGGACGUAGACGCCGCGACAUCAUCCCCUGCUGUACUCGACGAGGAACGGGACACCCGGCCGUCCAUGGCGCAAGCACCGGUGUACGUAGCAGAUGACACCGCUGCUCCAGCUGGCUUUGGACCAGAGCACCAGGUGGUACCAUCCCUUGGCAUGCCCGGUGAGGAACUGAGGGAUCCUGCACCGGCGGAGGAAGCAUCGGUAGUGGAGGUGGGGGAUACCACACCUCCGGCCGACCUUGAAGAGGGCGACACGCUACCAUCUCAUGUGGUGCCUGACGAGCAACAGGGUGCCGUCGAUCCGGGCAUAGAGCUGUCGUAUGAGGUCGAGGGUGGUUCGGCCCCCACCGGUGUUGAAGAAGAGGACCAGGCGGUAUCAUCCCCCGUCUUGCCCGACGAGGGAGGAGACGUCCCCGCGCCGGUUGAGAAAGGAGCCGUGGCUGCAGCAGAGGACAACACCGCUCCCGCCGGUGCUGAGGAAGCAAACACCGCGGUAUCAUCCCCCGCUGUAUUGGACGAGGAACGGGACACCCCUCCGUCCGUGGAGCAAGAAGCGGUGACUACAGUGGAGGACAACGUUGCUCCCGCCGGUCCUGAGGAAAUAUGCGCUUCGGAAUCGCCCCUUGCCGUAAUGAACGACGAACAGGAUGCCUUCCCGUCUGUAGAGCCAGAAAUGACGGCGGUAGUGAAGGACAGCGCCGGUCCCGCUGGUCUUGAAGAGGGGGACCAGGUGGUACCAUCCCUUAGCAUACCUCGUGAGGAACAGGGUGUCCCUGCCCCGGUGGAGGAUGCAUCGAUACCGGAGGUAGAGAACAGCGCCCCUCCGACUGGUCUUGAAGAGGGGGACGCUCUACCGUCUGUUGUCGUGCCUAACGAGCAACAGGAUGGCGUCGAUACGGGAGUAGAGAUAUCGCAUGAGGUCGAAGGAAGUUCGCCCCCCACCGGUGUUGAAGACAGGGAACAGGUGGAAUCAUUCCCCGUCGUAGAUGUCCCGGCACCGGUGGAGCAAGAAGCGGUGGCUGCAGCAGAGGGCAGCGCCGCUCACGCCGGUCCCGAGCAGCUAGACACCGUGGCAUCACCCUCCGCUGUAUUCGACGAGGAGCGGGAUACCCCGCCGUCCGUUGAGCAGGAAAUGCCGUCUGUAGUAGAGGACAUCGCCACCCCGGUCGCUCCUGAGGAAGCAGACGCCGCGGCAUCAUCCCCUGCUGUACUGGACGGGGAACGAGACGACCCCCCGUCCAUGGCUCAAGAACCGGUGUCCGUAGCAGAUGACGGCGCCGCUCCCGCCGUUCUUGGAGGAGAGCGCCAGGCGGUACCAUCCCUUGGCAUGCCCGAGAUGCCGCUGGUGUUCGAGGGAAGUUCGGCACCCACCGGUGCCGAAGAAGCGGACCAGGCACCGGUGGAGCAAGAAGCGGCGACUGUGGUGGAGGGCAGCGCCGCUCCCGCCGGUGCUGAGGAAGUAGACGAUUCGGCAUCGCCCCCCGCCGCAUUGAACGACGAACAGGAUGCCCCCCCGUCUGUAGAGCCAGAAACGGCGGCUGUAGUGGAUGACAGCGCCGCUGCCUUUGGUCUUGAAGAGGGGGGUCAGGUAGUAUCACCCCUCAGCAUGAUCGGCGAGGAUGACCCUGCGCCUACGGAAAUGACAUCGGUAGUUGAGGUGGGGGACGCCGCGGCAUCAUCCCCUAGUGAGUUGGACGAGGAAGAGGAUGCUCCCCCGUCCCUGGAGCAGGAACGGACGGCUGUCGUGGAGGACAGCGCCGCUCCCGCCGGGGGUCAAGACGGGCACCAGGUGGUACCAUCCCUUGGCAUGUCCGGUGAGGAACAGGGUGUCUCUGCCCCGGCGGAGGAAACAUCGGCAGCCGAGGUGGAAAAUGGCGUCGCUCCCGCCGGUCUUGACGAGGGGGGCACUCCGCCAUCUCUUGUCGUACCGGACGAGCAACAGGGUGGCGACAAUACGGGAACAGAGAUGUCACAUGAGGACGAGGGAAGUUCGGUCCCCAGCGGUGUUGAAGAAGGGGAGCAGGCACCGGUGGAGCAAGAAGCGGUGGCUGCAGUGGAGGAUAGCACUGCUCCCGCCGGUCCUGAGGACGUAAACGCGGCGGCAUCACCCCCUAUGGCAUCGCGCGAGGAGCGGGAUACCCCGCCGUCCAUGGAGAAGGAAACACGAGCUAGAGGGGACGACACUGCCGCGCCCACCGUUGUUGAGAAAUUAGACACCGCGGCAUCACCUCCCACAUUCGACGAGGAACGGAAUACCCCCCCGUCCAUGGCGCAAGAACCAGUGUCCGUGGUGGAGAACAGUGCCGCUCCCGCCGGCCUUGCAGCAGAGCACCAGGCGGUAUCAUCCCUUGGCAAACCCGACGAGGAACUAAAUGGACCUAAACCGGAGGAAGAAGCAUCGGCACUAGAGGUGACAGACAGCACCGCUCCGGCCGGUCUUGAAGAGGGGGACGCUCUGCCGUCUCUUGUUGUGCCUGAGCAACAGGGUGCUGUCGAUACGGGUACUGAGAUGCCGCAUGAGGACGAGGGUAGUUCGGCACCCACCGGUGUGGAAGAAGGGGAGCGGGCGGUAUCACCCCCCGCCCUGCCCGACGAGGAACGAGAUGUCCACGCACCGGUGGAGCAAGAAGAGGUGGCUGCAGCGGAGGGUAGCACUGCUCCCGUCGGUUCUGAGGACGUAGACGCUGUGGCAUCAUCCCCUACGGCGUUGGAUGAGGAGCGGGAUACCUCGCAGUCCAUGGAACACAAAACGCUGGCUGUAGUGGAGGAUAACGCCACUCCCGCUGGUCUUGAAGAGGGGGACCAUAUGUCAUUAUCUCUUAGCACGCCCAGUGAGGAUGUUCCUUCACCGGCGAAGGAAGCAUCGGUAGUGGAGGUAGCAGAUACCGCCGCUCCGUUCGGUCUUGGGGAGGGGAAUGCUCUCCCACCGCUUGUCGUGUCUGAAGAGCAACGGGAUGUCGCGGAUCCGGGAACAGAGAUGCCGAAUGAGGUAGAGCGUAGUUCGGCACCCACCAGCCUUGAAGAAGGGGAUCCGGCGGUACCAUCCCCGGCAGUUCCCGACGAGGAACGAGAUGUUCCCGCACCGGUGGAGCAAGGGGUGGCUGUAGUGAAGGGCAUCGCCGGUCCUACCGUUCCUGAGGACGAAGACGCCACGGCAUCAUCUCCCGCCGUAUUGGCCGAGGAGCGGGAUACCCCUGCAUCUGUGGGGCAAGAAGCGGUGGCGGCAGUGGAGCACAGCACCGCUCCCGCCGGUUCUGAGAAAUUAGACGCGGCGGCAUCAUCCCCUGCUGUACUCAACGAGGAACGGGAUACCCCGCCGUCCAUGACCGAAGAACCGGUGUCCGUAGCGGAUGCCACCACCGCUCCCGCCGGCCUUGGGGCAGAGCACCAGGAGGUAUCACCCCUUGGCAUGCCCGGUGAGGAUGCCCCUGCACCGGCGGAGGCAGUACCGAUGGCUGAGGUGGGGGACAGCGCCGCUCCAGCCAGUCUUGAAGAAAGGGACGCUCUACCAUCCCAUGUCGUCUCUGACGAGCAGCAGGAUGGCGCCGAUACGGGAACAGAGAACUCCCAUGAGGCCAGCGGCAGUUUAACAUCCACUGAUGUUGAAAAAGGGGACAAGACUCCGCGGGAGCAAGAAGUGGUGCCUGCAGUGGAGGACAGCACCGUCCCUGCCGCUCGUGAGGAAGAAGGCGGCACGGUAUCACCCCGCGCCGUGUUGGAAGAGGAGUGGGAUAGCCCCCUGUCCAUGGAGAAAGACGUGACGGCUGUAGUUGAGGACAACUUCACUCCGGCGGGUCUUGAAGAGGGGGACCAGGUAGCAUUAUCCCUUGGCAUGCCCAGUGAUGAACAGGAUGUUCCUGCACCGGCGCAGGAAGCAUCGUUAGCGGAGGUGGGGGAUACCACCGCUCCGGCCGGUCUUGGCGAGGGGGACGCUUUGCCAUCUCUUGUCGUGCCUGACGAACAACGGGAUGAUGUCGAUCAGGGUACAGAGAUGCCGCAUGGGGUAGCUGUGAACCGUGCCGCUCCCACCGGUUCUGAGGAAGUACACGCCGCGGCAUCAUCCCCUGCUGUACUCGACGAGGAACCUGAUAGGCCCCCACCCGUGGCGCAAGAACCAGUUUCCGCAGUGGAGGACGGCGCCGCUCCCGCCGGCCUUGCAGCAGAGCAACAGGCGAUACCAUCCCUUGGCAUGCGCGAGAUGCCGCAUGGGGUCGAGGGUACUUCGACACCCACCGGUGUUGAAGAAAGGGACCAGAACCCGGUGGAGAACAACGCGGUGGCUGCAGUGGAGAACAGCGCCGUUCCCACCGGUUCUGAGGAAGUACACGCCCCGGCAUCAUCCCGUAUUGUGUUGGAAGAGGAGCAGGAGAUCCCCCCGUCCUUGGAGCAAGAAACGGCGGCUGUAGUGGACGACAACGCCGCUCCCGCUGGUCUUGAAGAGGGGGAACAGGUGACACCAUCUCUCGGCAUGCCCAGUGAGGAACUGAGUGAACCUGCACCGGCGGAGGAAGCAUCGGUAGGGGGGGCGGGGCAUACCGCCGCUCCGCCCGGUCUUGAAGAGGGAGACGCUCUACCAUCUCGUGUCGUGCCUGAAGAGCAACAGGGUGGCGUCGAUACGGGAACAGAGAUGCCGCAUGGUGUCGAGGGUGGUUCGACACCCACCGGCCUUGAUGACGGGGACCAGGCGGGAGCAUCCCCCCCCGUGCCCGAUGAGGAACGAGAUGUCCCCUCACCGGUGGAGCAAGAAGUGGUGGCUGUAGUGGAGGACAGCGCCGCUCCCGCCCAUCUCGAAGAUGUCCAUGCUGCGGCAUCUUCUUCUGCAGUGCCCAGCGAGGAUCAGGAUGCCCCCCCGCCCGUAGAGCACGAAACGGCUUCUGCAGUGGAGGACAACGUGGCUCCCGCCCACUCUGAACAUUUGGACUCUUCUGUACCACCCCCUGCCUCCCUCAAUGAGAAACAGGCCGGUACGUCUACCGCCGCUCUCAGCGACAAGGGGGACACUGCUGUGGUACCGCUUCUCUCCGUGUCUUACGAAGCAGAGAAUGCCUCUCGGCCAGUGGAGCAAGACACGGGGGAUGUGGUGGAGGACAACGUGGCUCCCGCCGGUCUCGAAGGAGCGGCUUCACCCCCUGCCAAGUCUGCCGAGGCACAAAAUUCCUCUCUACCCGUAGAGCAAGACACGGUGGGUGCAGUAGAGGACAGUGCCGCCCCCGCCGAUGCUGAACGAGCCGACUCUUCGGUACCAUCUCCUGCCAUGCCGGAAGAGAAACAGGAUGCCACCGAUGCCGGAUCGGAGGUGCCACCAGCAGUGGUCGAGGGCAGCACGCCUACCGCCGCUUCCAGCGAAGCGGGGGGCACUACGGCACCGCUGCCCUCCGUGACUGAUGAGGCAGAGGAUGAUUCUCGCCCAGUGGGGCAAGGCACGGUGGGUACAGUGGAGGACAGCGCGGCUCCCGCCCGUGCUGAAGGAACCAAUUCUUCUGUACCAUCUCCUGCCAUACCCGAUGAGAAACAGAAUGCCCCCGAUGGCGCAAUUGAGGUGCCACCAGAGGUGGUCGAGGACAGCACACCUAGCGCCGCUCUUGGUGAAGCGGAGGACACUGCGGUGCAGCUCCCCUCUGUGGCCGACGUAGCAGAGGGUCCCUCUCGGCCAAUAGAGCAAGACAAGGUGGGCGUAGUGGAGGACAGCGUGGCUCCCGCCGAUCUCAAUGAAUCAUCUCCUGCCAUGUCCGACGAGGCAGAGGGUGCCUCUCUGCCCGUGAAGCAAGACACGGAGGCUGUUGGCGACGACAUCGGGACUCCCGCCGAUGAUGAAGAAGCCAAUUCUUUCGUACCAUCCCCCGCCGUGCCCGAAGAGAAACAGGAUCCCACCGAUGCCGGAACGGAGGUGCCACCAGCGGUGGUCCAAGACGGCACGCGUACCGCCGUUCUCAGUGAAGCGGAGGACUCUGCUACGGUACCGUUUCCCUCCGUGUCCGACAAGGUAGAGAAUGCCUCUCGGCCAGUGGAGGAAGACACCGUGGAUGGAGUUGAGAGCAGCGCAGCUCCCGCCGAUCUCGAAGCAGCGGUGUCAUCCCCUACCGUGUCCGACGAGACCAAGGAUGCCCAUAUACUCGCCGAGCAAGACACGGCGGGUGUACAUGUAGUUGACGACAGCGCAACUCCCGCCAAUGCUGAAGUCACCGACUCUUGGGUACCUUCCCCUGUCGUGCCCGAUGAGAAACAGGGUGCCGCCGAUGGCGCAACGGAGGUAACACCAGCGGUGGUCGAGGGCAGCACACCUACCACCGCUCUCAGUGAAGAGCGGGAUGCUGAGGUAACCCCCUCCGUGGCCGACGAGGCAGACCACACCUCUCUGCCCGUGGACGAAGAGUCUGCCGCUGUAGUCGAGGACAAUACGGCUCCUACCGGUCUUGAAGAAUCGGACGCUCCGGCACUCAUCUCUUCCGUGCCGGACGGAGACCGGGAUAUCCCCAGAAUGAACGAGCAAGACGCGGUUGUUGCAAUGGAGGACACCACGGCUCCCACCGAUCUCGGAGAAGCAGACGAGUCGGUACCAUCCCCUGCCGUGCAUGACGAAGAACAGGGCCUCUCUCGUUCAGUGGAGCAAGAAACAGUGGCUGUAAUCGAUGGCAUCGCAGCUCCCGCCGAUGUCGAAGAAGUGGACGCUUCGGUACUACUCCCUCCCGUCGCCGAUGAGAAGCAGGAUGCCGCCGAUGCCGGAACAGAGAUGCCACAAUCGGAGGCCGACGACGGCGCGCCGACCGCCGCUCUUAGUGAAGAGCGGGACGCUGCGGUUCCGUUCACCUCCGUGGCCGGCGAGGCAGAGGAUGCCUCUCUGUCCGUCGAGAAAGCAAAGGAUGCUGCCGAUGCCGGAGCGGAGAUUUCGCAAGCGGUGGUCGACGACGACACGCCUACCGCCGGUCUCGGUAAAGAUCGGGACGCUGCGGUACCAUUCAACUCCGUGACCGACGAGGAACAGGAUGCCUCUCUGUCUGUGGAAAAUGUAAUGGCGGGUGUAGCAGAAGAAAGCACGGCUCACGCUAGUGUUGACGCGGGCGCUUCGGUAUCAUUCCCUGUCGAUCCCGACGAGGAACAGGAUGCCUCUCGGCCAGUGGAGCAAGACACAGCGAGUGGAGUCGACGAGAGCGCCGGUCUCGCGGAUGUUGAAGAACCGGACGCUUCGGUGUCAUCCCCGGCCGUGCCAGACGAGGGGCAAGGUACCGCCGAUGCCGGAACGGAGAUGCCACAAUCGGAGGUCGACAACAAAGCGUCGACCGCCGCUCUCGGUGAAGAGCGGGACGCUGCAUUACCGUUUACCUCCGUGGCCGCCGAGUCAGAUGCCUCUCUACCCGAGGAGAAAGAAAUGGAUGCCACCGAUGCCGGAACGGAGAUGCCACCAGCGGUGGUCCACGACAAUCCGCCUACCCCCGCUCUCAACGAGCAGCAUGACGCUGGGGUACCAUCCACCUCCGGGGCCGACGAGGAACAGGAUGCCUCUCUUUCUGGGGAGGGUGUAGUGGAGGACAGCAUGGCUCCCGCUGGACUUGAAGAAGCGGAUGCCGCGGUAUCAUCCCCUUCCGUGCCCGACGAGGAACAGCACGCCUCUCGGUCAGCAGAACAAGACACAGUGGCUGCAGUUGAUGACAGUGCGGCUGUCGCGGGUGUUCAAGGACCGGUAGCUUCGGUGCCAUCCCCGGCCGUGCCCGACGAGGAACAAGGUACCGCCGAUGCCGGAAUUGACAUUACACCAGCGGUGGUCGACGACGCCCCGCCGACCGCCGCUCUUAGUGAAGAGCGGGACGCUGCGGUACCGCUCACUUCCGUGGCCGGCGAGGCAAAGGGUGCCUCUGUAUCCGUGAAGAAAGCAAAGGGUGCCGUCGAUGCUGGAACAGAGAUGCCGCAAGCAGUGGUCCACGACAGCACGCGUACUGCCGCUCUCAGUGAAGAGCUGGACGCUGCGCUACCGGUCAGGUCCGUGACCGACAAGGCAGAGGAUGCCUCACUGUCCGUGAAGCAAGACACGGUGGGUGUAGCGGAGGAAAACGUGGCUCCUACCGAUGCUGAAGACGCCGACUCUGGUGUACCAUCCCCCGCCGUGUCCGAAGAGGGCGAGGAUGCCGCUGAUGCCGGGACGGAGGUGCCACCGGCGGUGGUCGAGGGCGGCACGCCUACCGCCGCUCUCAGUGAAGAUGAGCACACGCUCCCUGCUGUGGCCGACGAAGCAGAGGGUGCUUCUCGGCCAGUGGUGCAAGACACGGACCCCGCCGAUGGUGCAACGGAAGUACCACCAGCGGUGGUUGAGGACGGCACACCUACCGCCGCCGUUAUUGAAGAGGGGGGCACUGCAGUACCGCCCCCCUCCGUGCUCGACGAGGCUGAGAAUGCCUCUCGGCCCGUGGAGCAAGACACGGUGGAUGUAGUGGAGGAUAGCACAGCUCCCCCCGGUCUCGAAGCAGCGCCGUCAUCCCCUGCGGUGUCCGACGACGCCCAAAAUGCCCAUACACUCGCCGAGCAAGACACUGCGGUUGUAGUCGACGACAGCGCAGAUCUCGCUGAUGCUGAAGAAGCUGGCUCUUCGGUACCUUCCCCGGUCGUGCCCAAUGAGAAACAGGAUGCCACCGACGGUGAAACGGAGGUACCGCCAGCGGUGACCGAGGACAGCACACCUACCGCCGCUCUCGGUGAACAGGGGGACACUGGGGUACCAUUCCCCUCUGUGGCCGACGAGGCAGAGGAUCCCUCUCGGCCAGCGGAGCAAGACCCGGAUGCCGCCGAUGCCGGGACGGAGGUGCCACCAGCGGUGGUCGAGGACAGCAUACCUACCGAAGCGGGGUACGCUGCAGUACCGCUCCCCUCCCACGACGAGCCAGAGGAUGCCCCUCGGCCAGUGGAGGAAGAGACUGUGGAUGCAGUGGAGGACAGCGCAGCUCCCGCCGGUGUCGAAGCCGUGGUGUCAUCCCCUACCGUGUCCGACGAGACCAAAGAUGCCCACAUACUCGCCGAGCGAGACACGGCGGGUGUAGUCGACGACAGCGCAACUCCCGCCGAUGCUGAAGGAGCCGACUCUCCGGAACCUUCCACUGUCGUGCCCGACGAGAAACAGGAUGCUGCCGAUGCCGGGACGGGGGUGCCCCAAGCGGUGGUGGAGGACAGCACACCUAGCGCCGCCGUUAGCGAAGCGGGGGACGCGGCAGUACUGCCCCCCUCCGUGUCCGACGAGGUAGAGAAUGCCGCUCGGCCAUUGGAGGAAGACACCGUGGAUGUAAGGGAGAACAGCGCAGUUCCCGCUGGUCUCGAAGAAGUGGUAUCAUCCACUGCUGUGUCCGACGAGACCAAGGAUGCCCAUAUACUCGCCGAGCCAGACACGGUGGGUAUAGUCGACCACACCGCAGCGCCCGCCGAUGCUGAAGGAGCCGACUCUCCGGAACCUUCCCCUGUCGUGCCCGACGAGAAACAGGAUGCUGCCGAUGUCGGGACGGAGGUACCGCCAGCGGUGGUGGAGGGCACUGCGGUACGACCCCCCUCCGUGUCCGACGAGGCAGAUGAUACCUCUCGACCAGUGGAGCAAGGCACGAUAGGUGUAGUGGAGGACAGCGCAACUCCCGCCGAUGCUGAAGGAGUCGGCUCUUUGGCACCUUCCCCUGUCGUGCCUGACGAGAAACAGGAUCCUUCCGAUGCCGGGACGGAGGUGCCACAAACGGUGGUGGAGGACAGCACACCUACCGCCGCCGUUGGUGAAGCGGGGGACGUUGCAGUGGCGCCCCCCUCCGUGUCCGACGAGCAAGGGGAUGCCUCUCGACCAUUGGAGCAAGACACCGUGAAUGUUGUGGAGGACAGCGUGGCUCCCGCCGAUGCUGAAGGAGCGGGCUCUUCGGUACCAUCCCCUGCCAUGUCCAAUAAGAAACAGGAUGCCUCUGAUGCCGGGACGGAGGUGCCUCCAGCGAUGGUGGAGGACAGCAUACCUACCGUCACUCCCAAUGACGCUGCGGUGCCGUCCCCCUCCGUGCCCGACGAGGUCGUGAAUGCCUCUCGGCCAACGCAGCAAGACACUGUGGAUGAUGUAGUGGAGGACCGCGCAACUCCCGCCGAUGCUGAAGGAGCCGAAUCUCCGGAACCUUCCCCUGUCGUGCCCGACGAGAAACAGGAUCCUGCCGAUGCCGGGACGGAGGUACCGCCAGCGGUGGUGGAGGACAGCACACCUACCGCCGCCGUUGGCGAAGCGGGGGGCGCUGCGGUACCGCCCCCCUCGGUGUCCGAUGUAGCAGAGGAUGCCUCUCGGCCAGUGGAGCAAGACACGGUGGGUGCAGUGGACGACAGUGCAGCUCCCGCCGAUGCUGAAGGAGCGGACUCUUCGGUACCUUCUCCCGCCGUGCCCGAUGAGAAGCACUAUCCCGCCGAUGCCGGGAUGGAGGUGCCACAAGCGGUGGUGGAGGACAGGACACCAACCGCCGCCGUUAGCGAAGCGGAGGACGUUGCAGUGGCGCCCUCCUCCGUGUCCGACGCGUCAGGGGAUGCCUCUCGACCAUUGGAGCAAGACACCGUGAAUGUUGUGGGGGACAGCGCACCUCCCGCCGAUCUCGAAGCAGUGGUGUCAUCCCCUGCCGUGCACGGCGAUGGCCAAGAUGCCCAAACACCCGCCGAGCAAGACACGGUGGGUGUAGCGAGGGACAGCGUGACUCCCGCCGAUGCUGAAGGAGCCGACUCUUCGGUACCUUCUCCUGUCGUGCCCGAUGAGAAACAGGAUGCCGCCGAUGGAGCAACGGAGGUGCCACCAGUGGUGGUGGAGGACGGUACACUUACCACCGCUCUUAGCGAAGCUCGCACCUCCGGCUCCGACGAGGUGGAAGAUGCCUCUCGGCCAGUCGAGCAAGAAUCGGGGGUUGUAGUCGACGAUGGCGCAGCUCCCGCCGAUGCUGAAGGAGCGGGCUCUUCCGUACCAUCCCCUGAGGUGCCCGAUGAUAGACAGGAUGCCGCCGAUGGCGCAACGGAAGUACCACCAGCGGUGGUGGAGGACAGCACACCUAUCGCUGCCCUGAAUGAAGAGCAGGACGCUGCGGUAUCGCUCCCCUCCAUGUCCGACGAGCCAGAGGAUCCCUCUCGACCAGUGGAGGAAAGAACCGUGGAUGGAGCGGAGAGCAGCGCAUCUCCCGCCGGUCUCGAAGUGGCGGCGUCAUCCCCUGCCGUGUCCGACGACACCCAAGAUGCCCACAUAGAUGCCGAGCAAGACACAGCGGUUGUAGUCGACGACAGCACGGCUCCUGCAGAUGCUGAAGAGGCGGGCUCUUCGGUACCUUCCCCCGUCUUGCCGGGUGAAAAACAGGAUGCCACCGAUGGAGAAACGGAGGUGCCGCCGGCGGUGGUCGAGGACAGCACACCUGCUCCCGUUUUCAGUGAACAGGAGGACACUGUCGCACCGCUCCCCUCCGUGCCCGACGCGGCAGAGGAUGCCUCUCGGCCAGUGGAACAAGAAACGGUGGGUGCAGUGGAGGACAGCGUGGCUCCCGCCGGUCACGAAGCAGCGGCACCAUCCCCUGCCGUGUCCGACGACGCCCAAAAUGCCCAUAUACUCACCGAGCAAGACACGAUAGUUGUAGUCGACGACGGCGCAGCUCCCAUCGAACCUGAAGAAACCGACUCUUCGGUACCUUCCCCUGCUGUGUCCGAUGAGAAACAGGAUGCGGGCGAUGCCGGGCCGGAGGUACCACCAGCGGUGGUCGAGGACGGCACCCCAUCCGCCUCUCCCAAUGACGCUGCGGUACGGUCCCCCUCCGUGCCCGACGAAGCAGAGGAUGCCUCUCGACCAGUGGAGGAAGAUACAGUGGGUGAAGUGGAGGAUAGUGCACCUACCGCCGUUCUCGAAAACACCGGCUCUUUGGUACCACCCCCUGCCGUGAGCGAUGAGAAACAGGAUGCCGCCGAUGGCGCAACAGAGGUACCGCGCGCGUCAGUCGAGGACGGCACGCCUACCGCCGCUCUCAGUGACGCGGAGGACACGGCUACGGUACCGCUCCCCUCCGUGGCCUACGAGCCAGAGGAUGCCUCUCGAACAGUGGAGGAAGACACCGUGGAUGUAGGCGAGGACAACGCAGCUCCCGCCGGUCUCGAAGCAGCGGUGUCAUCCCCUACCGUGUCCGACGAGACCAAGGAUGCUAACAUACUUGCCGAGCGAGACACGGCGGGUGUAGUCGACGACAGCGCAACUCCCGCCGAUGCUGAAGGAGCCGAGUCUCCGGAACCUUCCCCUGUCGUGCCCGACGAGAAACAGGAUGCUGCCGAUGCCGGGACGGGGGUGCCACAAGCGGUGGUAGAGGACAGCACACCUACCGCCGCUGUUAGCGAACGGGGGGACGGUGCAGAACCGCCCCCCUCCGUGUCCGACGUAGCAGAGGAUGCCUCUCGGCCAGUGGAGCAAGACACGGUGGGUGCAGUGGAGGACAGCGCAACUCCCGCCGAUGCUGAAGGAGCGGACUCUCCGGUCCCAUCCCCUGUCGUGCCCGACGAGAAACAGGACCCCGCCGAUGCCGGGGCGGGGGUGCCACAAGCGGUGGUGGAGGACAGCACACCUAGCGCCGCUGUGAGUGAAGCGGAGGACACCGCUACAGUACCGCUCCCCUCCUUGGCCGACGAGGCACAGGAUGCCUCUCGGCCUCUGGAUGACUCCAAACGUCAGAGCGCCGGCAGCGGGAAUGGCGAAGGUUCGGUUGGGAAGAAACUUCCGGCGGGCGAAUCUACAGCUGUAAACGUUACCGAGGAGAUCACACAUGAUGAGCGGCAAUCGAGCGAAAAGGGUGAUCACGAUGAAGAGUCUUCCGUGCUUGCCAAGUCUCACUGA